AUGGCAACAACAAGCGACGCACCCACCAAUCCCCGCGGCAUCCCCUUCGCCCCCUUCGUCGACAACGUCGCCGACUACUGCACCACCCGCGCCGAAGUCGAACCAACCCUAAAGUCCUUUUCCGAAAUGAUUCAAAAGUACCAAUUCAUGGAGGUAAACACCUCUCGCCGCGCCGCCGGCCUGCGCGAAAAGAUUCCCGACAUCUCAAAGACGUUGGAUACGGUCAAGUUCCUAAAGAGCAGGGAUGAAGGCGCUGAAGAGUUGGAGAGCUUUNUUGAGUUGAAUGAUACGCUGUAUGCAAAGGCCAAAGUGCCAAAGACGGACGAGGUGUAUCUGUGGUUGGGUGCUAAUGUCAUGUUGGCGUAUCCCAUGGAGGAGGCUGAGGAGUUGUUGGAGGGCAAGUUGGAAGCAGCGAAGAGUGGAUUGGAGAAUGCAGAGGAGGAUAUGGAUUUCUUGAGGGAGCAGAUUACGGUGAGUUUCUUCCUUCUCGGGUCUGUGAAGUGGACAAGGGCUAACAGAUUAUGCACAACAGNNACACUCGAGGUAGCUACUGCCCGUGUCUACAACUGGGAUGUCGGCAUGCGCAGAAAGGAAAAGGCCGAGGGCAAGACCUCUGAACCGAGCGAUUGA